AAUUUCAUAUAUGGGUAAAACUAAAAAUAGUUCAGGAAGUACUGGUAAAGGCAAAGCUAACAAAAAAACUGCGGAUAAUGACGAUGGGGAAUCAAAUUCUGGAAAGACCGGAAAUUUAAAAGCAGCCAAUAGUGUAAAGGGGUGA